GGCGGCGUCGUGAGCGGGGCGGCGGCGGCGGCGGCGAUGGCUCCGGGGAUGUCGAGGCCGCGGGCGGCAGGGAGGCCUUUCCCGCUGACCGUGUUGGGCCACUACCUGCUGCUGCUGCGGCGCCACCCGCUGCCCACCAAGGCGGUCACCAGUGGAAUUUUGUCUGCACUUGGAAACUUCCUGGCCCAAGUUAUUGAGAAGAGAGGAAAAAAGGAAAAAUGUUCCCAAAGUCUAGAACUCAGCGGACCUCUCAGAUACGCCAUUUAUGGGUUCUUGUUCACAGGGCCGCUCAGUCACUUUUUCUACUGGUACAUGGAGCAGCUGAUCCCUCCAGCGGUCCCCUUCGCGGUGGUCAGGAGGCUCCUGCUGGAUCGGCUCGUCUUUGCUCCCGUCUUCCUGUUGUUGUUCUUCUUCGUCAUGAACCUUCUCGAGGGUCAAAACAUGGCAGCUUUUUCUAAAAAGAUGAGAACAGGUUACUGGAAAGCUCUGAAGAUGAACUGGAAAGUGUGGACGCCCAUACAAUUUAUCAAUAUCAACUAUGUCCCUGUGCAGUUCCGAGUGCUGUUUGCCAACCUGGUGGCCUUAUUUUGGUACGCCUACCUGGCCUCGCUUCGCAAGUGAGGAGGCCUUGAGGCAUCCAUCGGUGCCCUCCCUCUGGGCUCCUGUCUCGGGAUCGCCCCAAGGAGUCUGAGAACAGACUGCAGCUCCCUAAGUAGACAGACACCUUGCCGGCAGAAUCGAUUUCCUCGGGCAUCUCCCCGACUCUGAUGGAAGUCAUUCGACUUCUCAAAUUGAUAGAUGUGAAAAGAUUAAGCUGUGAAUGAUCUGUGCUGUGAUGAACUUGCUGUGUCAGCUUUUGAAUGCUGCUCUCGCUAAACUUCAAUUUUUCAGAAAUGGGACUCAAUCAGCAUGGUAAUAAACUACAAUGCAGCUUCUUAAAA